GGGCGAGAGGAGAAGGCUUCACCGCCGUGGAAGGGAGGGGGGAGAGAGAGAAUCUGAUCGAUUUAUUUAGGCCUUUUUAGGGUUUGUCGAAGCAUUCUGGUAACUCUUCAGAGGGAACGGGGACGUCUAUACUUACCCCACGACAUCCGAAAUCGAUAAAUCAAUUGGAAAGCUUAAGCUGGGUUAGUACUCCAUUAGUAUCUGCAAUACUUAUGGUUGGUUGAAGGCGUCAUGUGCUAGAUUCUCUGAUUGCAAAUAUCCUGAUAGCCUGAUUGAUUUAGGGUUUCUAGGGUUUUCGUUUUGGUUACUGUAUGAUUCUAUAAAGCUUGCUUUUUUCUUAAUUGAAAUUGGUUAUCAAGAUAUGACUGAAUUUUGUAGAUCGUGGAAAGAUUGAUCGCCGCUGACGGCGAGCGGCUUUUUCGUUUUGAGGGAAUUUUGUAUGGAAACGCGGAGUCGGAAGCGGGCGGAGGCCUCCUCAGCAGCCCCUUCAUCUCAACCGACUACUCGUGCGAGCAAGAGAGCUCGUGUUUCUGCAUCAUCAUCUUCGGCUCCCUCCGUUUCGACAAUUUCCACUCGUUCCCGUCAGAAUUCACGUUCGCAAGAAUCAACUGUAGCCAUGGAUUCCACCACCGAAUCGUCUGGGUCUGCUGCCCGCCGUGAAUCUGGAGGUCGGCGUGGAAAAAAUCAGGGUUUGGAUAGGGACAAGGACUCUGAUAAGGGUAAAGAGAAAGAGCCCGAAGUCAGGGUUAGGGAUAGGGACAGAGAGAGGGACGCGGAGAGGAGCUUGGGUUUGAGUAUCGAUGGUGGCAGCGGCGGUGGCGGGGUUGAUGAUGAUAAUGACAGUGAAGGCGGCGUAGGAAUUCUGCAUCAGAAUCUGACGUCUGCUAGCAGCGCUCUCCAAGGGCUGCUCUGGAAACUCGGUGCUGGGCUGGACGAUUUACUGCCCUCGUCCGCAGUGGCGGCGACCUCCUCCUCUCACCAGAGUGGGCGACUGAAGAAGAUAUUGGCUGGGUUGCGAGCGGAUGGUGAAGAAGGGCGUCAGGUUGAGGCCCUAACACAGCUCUGCGAGAUGCUUUCUAUUGGAACCGAGGAAUCGCUUAGCACAUUCUCGGUCGACUCGUUUGUGCCCGUGCUUGUGGGACUGCUUAAUCACGAGAGCAAUGCUGACAUCAUGUUGCUUGCUGCCAGGGCUCUCACCCAUCUCUGUGAUGUGCUUCCGUCGUCCUGUGCUGCUGUCGUUCACUAUGGUGCUGUUACCUGCUUCUGUGCACGGCUGCUCACCAUCGAGUACAUGGAUUUGGCAGAACAGUCUCUGCAAGCUCUUAAAAAGAUAUCUCAAGAACAUCCAACGGCCUGUUUACGAGCUGGUGCACUUAUGGCAGUGCUGUCAUAUCUCGACUUCUUCUCCACGGGGGUUCAGCGUGUGGCAUUGUCAACUGCUGCCAAUAUGUGUAAGAAACUCCCUUCAGAUGCAGCUGAUUAUGUGAUGGAAGCAGUGCCUCUGCUCACUAACCUUCUUCAAUAUCAUGAUUCAAAGGUUUUGGAGCAUGCUUCUGUUUGCUUAACUCGAAUUGCUGAGGCAUUCGCAUCUUCUCCUGAGAAAUUGGAUGAACUUUGCAAUCAUGGACUGGUUGCCCAAGCUUCCUCUCUCAUUUCCAUCAGUAACUCUGGAGGUGGCCAGGCUUCUCUGAGCACAUCUACUUACACGGGUUUAAUUCGGCUUCUUUCAACAUGUGCAAGUGGAUCCCCUUUAGGAGCUAAAACACUCCUCCUCCUUGGGAUUAGUGGCAUACUAAAAGAUAUUCUCUCAGGUUCGGGCUUAGUUGCGAGCAUUUCUGUUUCACCUGCAUUAACUAGGCCACCAGAGCAGAUUUUUGAGAUUGUCAACCUUGCGGAUGAGCUUCUUCCGCCACUGCCUCAGGGAACCAUUUCCCUUCCAACCUGCUCUAAUUCUCUAGUGAAAGGGGGGUCACUCGGAAAGAAGACUCCUGCUAGCAUUUCAGGGAAGCAGGAAGACAGUAAUGGAACUGUUUCUGAGAUUUCUGCUCGUGAGAAGUUAUUGCAAGAUCAACCUGAGCUUCUGCAGCAAUUUGGAAUGGAUCUUCUUCCUGUUCUAUUACAGAUAUAUGGAUCCAGUGUCAAUGGUCCAGUUCGCCACAAAUGUCUUUCAGUUAUUGGGAAAUUGAUGUAUUUCAGUACAGCAGACAUGAUUCAGUCUUUACUAAAUGUAACUAACAUAUCAAGUUUCUUAGCUGGUGUUUUAGCUUGGAAAGAUCCACAAGUCUUGAUUCCGGCCCUACAGAUAGCAGAGAUUCUCAUGGAAAAGCUUCCUGGGACUUUCUCGAAGAUGUUUCUCAGAGAAGGGGUGGUACAUGCUAUAGAAACACUUAUAGUGACUGAUUCAUCUAGAAUGGUUGCUGCCCCAGCGUCUUCAGUUGAUAAGGAUAAUGACCCUGCACCUGGUACAUCAUCACGUUCUAGACGUUAUCGACGGCGCAGUGGCUGCUCAAAUCCAGAUGGAAAUUCUUUGGAAGAGUCAAAAAGUGUUGUACCUGGAAGUGUUGGUUCUCCCCCAGCUUCAGUAGAAAUUCCAAGUGUCAAUUCUAGUCUUCGCAUGGCCGUCAGUGCUUGUGCGAAAGCUUUCAAGGAUAAAUAUUUCCCUGUCGACCCUGAAGCAGCUGAAGUUGGAGUGAUGGAUGAUCUUUUACGUUUGAAGAAUCUUUGCAUGAAGUUGAAUGCUGGCAUUGAUGAUCAAAAAACCAAAGCUAAGGGAAAAACUAAAGCUUCUGGUUCUCACAUUGGUGAUCUUUCUGCCAACAAUGAAGAGUACUUAAUUGGAAUGAUAUCUGAGAUGCUGGCUGAACUGAGCAAAGGAGAUGGCGUUUCCACAUUUGAGUUCAUUGGCAGUGGUGCUGUUGCAGCUUUGCUGAAUUACUUCUCUUGUGGAACUUUUUCUAAGGAUAGAGCAUCAAAGGCUAACCUACAGAAGCUUCGGCAACAAGCUCUUAGGAGAUUUAAGUCAUUCAUUGCAGUUGCCCUUCCUGCUGGAGUCAAUGACGGGAAGGGAGCUCCCAUGAGUGUCUUGGUACAGAAGCUGCAAAAUGCUUUAUCCUCCUUGGAGCGAUUUCCAGUUGUUCUGAGCCAUUCAUCUAGGUCAUCUGGUGGAAGUUCACGUCUCUCCUCGGGACUUAGUGCUUUGUCCCAGCCUUUUAAGCUGCGUCUGUGCAGAGCUCAAGGAGAAAAAUCUCUUCGCGAUUAUUCUUCAAACAUUGUACUUAUUGAUCCUUUGGCAAGUUUAGCAGCUAUUGAAGAAUUUCUUUGGCCAAGAGUUCAGCGAGGUGAAUCUGGUCAGAAGCCCUCAGCUUCUUCUGGAAACUCUGAGCCUGGUAACACACCCACUGGGACUGGUGCUUCAUCACCGUCAAUGACGGGCCCUGCUUCUACUCGCCGUCAUUCAACUAGAUCUAGAUCUUCAAUGACCAUAGGAGGUGCAGCUAGAAAGGAUUCUUCACAAGAGGGAAAUGCAAGCUCUUCAAAAGGGAAGGGUAAAGCUGUUCUUAAAUCAGCUCUAGACGAGGCAAAAGGACCUCAGACAAGAAAUGCUGCUCGUAGAAGAGCAGCUUCAGAUAAAGAUUCACAGAUGAAACCAGCACAAGAGGGUGAUUCUAGCUCUGAGGAUGAAGAGUUGGAUAUCUCUCCGGUUGAGAUUGAUGAUGCCUUGGUGAUUGAAGAGGAUGAUCUCUCAGAUGAUGAAGAUGAUGACCAUGAGGAGCUGCUGAGAGAUGAUUCUCUUCCCGUUUGCAUGCCUGAUAAGGUUCAUGAUGUAAAGUUGGGAGAUUCAGCUGAGGAUGGUAAUGCUGCUUCUGCAACAAGUGAUAGCCAAACUAAUCCUUCCUCCGGUUCUAGCAAUAGAGCUGCAACAGUCCGGGGCAUGGACUCAACUGAGUUUAGGAGUGGAAGCUCAUUCAGUUCGAGAGGUGGAAUGUCAUUUGCUGCAGCUGCUAUGGCUGGGCUUGCAUCAGCAGGUGGUAGAGGUAUCAGGGGUGGCCGAGAUCGCCGAGGAUUUUCUGUAACUGGUGGUUCGAAUGAUCCAGCCAAGUUAAUAUUUACAGCGGGUGGAAAGCAACUUAAUAGGAACUUGACUAUAUAUCAGGCAAUCCAACGCCAGCUUGUGCUUGAUGAAGAUGAUGAUGAGAGGUAUACUGGCUCUGAUUUUUUUCCCAGUGAUGGAAACAGGCUGUGGAAUGAUAUAUAUACGAUCACAUACCAGAAAGCAGACAGCCAAAUUGAUAGGACUUCGACAGGAGGUUCCACGUCGACUACAUCAAAAUCUGCGAAAGCUAGUUCAGCUUCCAACUCAAACUGCGACUCUUUGGGGCAUCAAACUUCCCUUCUUGAUAGCAUCUUUCAAGAGGAGCUUCCAUGUGAUCUUGAGAAAACGAACCCUACUUAUAGCAUAUUGGCAUUGUUGCGUGUGUUAGAGGGUCUGAAUCAGCUAGCACCCCGUCUGCGAGUCAUGUCUAUUUCAGAUGAUUUCUCAGAGGGGAAGAUUUCAAGUCUAGAUGAGCUUAAAACAAAUGGCGCGAAGGUACCACCUGAUGAAUUUAUCAAUAGCAAACUCACUCCAAAAUUGGUUCGGCAGAUCCAGGAUGCCCUUGCAUUGUGCAGUGGCAGUCUUCCCUCAUGGUGUUACCAACUAACAAAGGCAUGCCCAUUUUUGUUUCCUUUUGAGACUAGGAGGCAGUAUUUCUAUUCAACUGCCUUUGGAUUGUCUCGGGCAUUGCAUCGGCUACAGCAGCAACAGGGUGCAGAUGGUCAUGGCUCAACAAAUGAAAGAGAGGUUCGUGUUGGACGAUUACAGCGUCAGAAGGUUCGUGUUUCCAGAAAUCGGAUUUUGGAUUCUGCUGCAAAAGUUAUGGAGAUGUAUUCCAGUCAAAAGGCUGUUCUAGAAGUAGAGUAUUUUGGUGAGGUUGGCACAGGAUUGGGUCCUACCCUGGAGUUCUAUACCCUUUUGAGUCAUGACCUGCAGAAGGCUAGUUUGGGAAUGUGGAGGUCAAAUUCCUUGUCAGAUAAGGCCACAAUGGAAAUUGAUGGAGACAACCAGAAAGCCAGUAAAACUGAAGAUAGUUCAGACCUGAAGAAACUUGGGCUGGACUCUACAGUGGAAGGCAGAGAUGUAGUACUAGCUCCUCUUGGGUUGUUCCCUCGCCCUUGGCCACCUAAUGCAGAUGCGUCCGAAGGUAGCCAGUUCUCUAAAGUGAUUGAAUAUUUCCGGCUUGUUGGACGAGUGAUGGCAAAAGCUCUUCAAGAUGGCCGGCUUUUGGAUCUUCCAUUGUCAACGUCCUAUUAUAAGCUUGUUCUUGGUCAGGAGCUUGAUUUGCAUGAUAUUCUUUCAUUUGAUGCUGAGUUUGGAAAGAUCCUGCAAGAAUUACAAGUUCUUGUUUGCCGGAAGAAUUAUCUGGAAGCAAUGGGUGGUAGUAAUCAAAAUGCAAUUGCUGACUUACGCUUCCGCGGUGCUCCUAUUGAAGAUCUCUGUCUGGAUUUCUCACUUCCUGGCUAUCCUGAUUAUGUUUUAAAACCUGGAGCAGAAAAUGAAAUGGUGGAUAUUAACAAGUUGGAGGAAUACAUUUCUUUAGUCAUCGAUGCGACUGUCAAGACAGGAAUUAUGCGGCAAAUAGAAGCAUUUAGAGCAGGGUUUAAUCAGGUCUUCGACAUCUCAUCGUUGCAAAUAUUUUCCCCUAGUGAACUAGACUACUUGCUCUGUGGGCGAAGAGAAUUAUGGGAGGCUGGGACUCUGGUUGAUCAUAUAAAAUUUGAUCAUGGAUACACUGCUAAGAGCCCUGCUAUUGCUAAUUUGCUAGAGAUUAUGGGAGAGUUGACACCUGAGCAGCAGCGUUCAUUCUGCCAGUUUGUAACUGGUGCUCCAAGGCUCCCACCUGGUGGUCUGGCUGUGCUGAAUCCAAAGCUGACAAUUGUGAGAAAGCAUUCUUCGACCACAUCGAACUCCGCAUCAAAUGGGGCUGGUUCUGAAUCAGUGGAUGAUGACCUUCCAAGUGUCAUGACUUGUGCUAACUAUCUCAAGCUUCCUCCCUAUUCUAGCAAGGAAAUUAUGUUUAAGAAACUACUAUAUGCCAUCAGUGAAGGGCAGGGAUCUUUCGACUUGUCCUGAUGAUACUUGAGACUAACCAGUUGAUUGAUUAGCAUGUAUCCCAUCCCAACACUUUAUGGGGUUAAAGCGUAGGUCUACCCGUCAUCUAGUUCAUAGUUCUGUUGUUAGAAGUUGCAGCCCCUUUUCUGUUCAAGGAUGUGUUUCCAUCAUCCAUCCUUACCUACGUGUCUUUGAGGUCAGAAGGGGUGUCAAGAAUGGUGGGUCUUUUCUCUGCACUUUACCCCAUUUUUUACUCGGUUUCCCAGAGAUCCUUGUAAAUUCCAAUCCAUCUUGCACUGUGACUAAGCCGAAUUUAGUCAUCUCCUUAGUCCAUUUCAUCCCCAAUUCUUAAAUAAUAUAUAUUAGAUUUUUCGGUACCCAUGGAAUGAAUCUGGUUGAGUUUUGGCCAACCACAGAGGAGGAAAAUUGCAGAGUUGUGUCUGCUGUUAGUGCCUGUAAAUAAGGUGGAAAUAUUUUGUUUUAUUUAAAAUUCUCAUUCGCUCUUAGUCUGUUUCUAGCAUAAAAAUGUAUGGGCAAACAAAGGCAAAAGAAAAUCUACAUUGUUUCAUUCGUGAGCUUUUUCUA